AUGCGCGGCGGCGUCUUGGGGCGCGCCGCGCUACCGGGGCAGCUGAGUGGCCCGCGGGCCCCGGGGCCAAGCCUGCUCACGCGCCCCAACUCGGGAGGGUCCUCCUGGACUCGAGAGCGGACCCUGGUUGCAGUGAAGCCGGAUGGGGUACAGUGGCGGCUUGUGGGGAAUGUGAUCCCCUGCUUUGAGAGGAGGGGCUUCAAGCUGGUGGGGAUGAAGAUGCUGCAGGCGCCAGAGAGAGUCCUUGUUGAGCACUACCAUGACCUGCAGAGGAAGCCCUUCUACCCAGCGCUCAUCAGCUACAUGACCUCCGGCCCCGUGGUGGCCAUGGUCUGGGAAGACCCCAACGUGGUCUGCUCCUCAAGGACCAUGAUAGGACACACCGACUCAGCUAAGGCCGCCCCGGGCACCAUCAGGGGGGACUUCAGCGUCCACAUCAGCAGGAACAUCAUUCACGCCAGUGACUCCGUGGAGGAGGCCCGGAGGGAGAUCCAGCUAUGGUUUCAGAGCAGUGAGCUGGUGGACAGGGCAGACAAAAACCAUGAGAGCAGCAUCUACGCAGCCUGA